AUGUGUAAAGGGGCUGAUGGAUUAGCGGAAAUAGAUGAUAGAUGGUUGCUGGUAGGACAUUUUUUGACCAAUCGAUCCAUUGAUUUUCAGGCUAAGCAAAAUAAAUUCGCCACUCUUUGGCAGCCGGGAAGAGUUGAUAUAGAACGAGUUAUAAAGGGGAGUCCUUGGACGUUUAAUCGUGCACCUCUAAUCUUUGAAUGGGUGAAACAUGGAGAGAAUCCUAGAAAUAUACCAUUGCUGAAACUAGAAUUAUGGGUGCAACUACACAACAUGACAGUGGGCUUUAUGUCAGAACGAGUGAUUCAAGGGGUGGGAAACUACAUUGGAGCCUUUGUUAAGUCUGACCCUAACAAUUUCUCCGGUGUUUGGCGUGACUAUUUGCUUCCGAAAGAACAACUUGUCCAUGAGUACAGUCUUGAUUUGAAGGCUGCCCCAAGACGAAGGAACUAUGCUGAUGGUUCACGGUGGUUACGAUCAGGUCUUGCAGUGAAGAAUAGAACAGAUGAUCGCUCAGAAGCAAGCAGUUCCAGAGAUGGUCGCCGGAGUGAUCAAGGUGCACCAGUCACGGGAAGGCAGAGAACUAUGAUUGCCGAAAAUUGGGGACCCCCAUUAUUACACCCUGAUUCUCGUGUUACUAAUGAAGAACCAGCUAUGAGGAGAGUUGACAAUAUUAAUGGAGGAGCAAUCAAUAAGGAUCAAUCCCUGAUUUUAGGGAGGGAAAAUGAGAAAGUGAUACAGGGGCUAGCCGAACUUGAUUUGAAUAUUGGGUUGACUUUUAUUGAUAAUAAAAGGAGAAGAAUGGGCUUAGAAAAAGAUGUUGGGUUUAAUGAAAUUCAGCAUUUGGAGUUGGGUCAUGAGAUAAGUAUUCCUAAUGAGGGGGUACACAAUAUGGACAUUUCAAAUUUAGAAGACAAUGUUAACGGAGCCCAGUAUGAAAAUUCAAAAAACUUGAUGGAGGCUUUGGAUUUUGAUGGUGUCUUUGUAGUGGAUGCUAAUGGGGCUUCGGGUGGUAUUGCAAUGCUGUGGAAAAAUAAUGAUUCAGGCACUUUGUUGGGUUAUUCUAAGAAUCACAUUGACUUGCAAGUUUCAAUAUCCCCUACUUCUCCAACUUGGCGUCUUACCGGUGUUUAUGGAGAGCCCAACCGUAAUAGAAGAAGCGAUUCAUGGACACUUCUUCGAAGUUUAAAGGACCGUUCACCACUUCCUUGGUGUGUUAUAGAAGACAUUAACAACAUUGUUCGUCAAGAGGAUAAGAGAGGAGAGCGCCCAUAUCCCCAAUGGUUGUUAACUGGGUUUCAACAAAAUUUGCUUCAUUGUGGCUUGGAUGAUCUCGAGCUGCAAGGCCACCAAUACACUUGGGAAAAAGGAAGAGAGACUAAUGCUUGGAUUGAGGUAUGUCUUGAUAGAACUCUUGUUUCCACAACUUGGAAUCAAUUAUUUCAAUCAGCUAGUCUUUCUAAUAUGGGUUUUGCUACUUCGGAUCACUCUCCUUUGUUUCUUGAACCGAUUGUGGUGAAUAACUUUACUCCUAGUCGUAGAUUUCGUUUUGAAAAUUCUUGGUUAAAGGAGCCAUUUUGCUUUGAAAUUGUUUGUGAUGUUUGGUCCCAGGAACAACAUAUCAGCAUUUCUAGUAAAAUUAAAAUAUGUGCUGAGAAGUUAUCUGUGUGGGGCAAGGAGCUAAUUGGUACUCUAAAUCAUUGUAUUAAGAGCUAUAAGGCGGACUUGAAGAAACUUCAUGGUUUGAGGGAUACUGUUUUCGUUCAAAGAUAUGCCGAAAUCAAGAAGAAACUCUAUGAUGCGUUUGAUCAAAGGGAGAGUUUUUGGAAGCAACGGGCUAAACAGUUCUGGUUAAAGGAGGGGGAUCAUAAUAGCAGUUAUUUCCAUGAGGUUGCUAGUAGUAGGAAAAAAAAACAAUCAGCUUACCCAACUGAGAGAUACACAAGUGUGGUGACUGAUUUGAUGAAUUCAGAACUGUGUCAACCAGUUGAGGAGGAAGAGGUUCGAAAAGUAGUCUUCCAAAUGUAUCUUGAUAAGAAUGGGUUCCUUGCCGAUGGGUGUGGUGAUGCUAAUGUAGUGCUUAUUCCAAAGAAGAGAAACUUGGAACGUAUGCCGGAUCUUCAUCCUAUUGCCUUAUGCAAUGUCUUGUUCAAGAUUAUAACAAAAGUCGUGGAAGCGAAAGGGAAAGAAGGUUUUAUGGCUCUAAAAUUGGAUAUGAGCAAAGCAUAUAAUCUCAUUGAGUGGGACUUUCUUGAGGCAAUGUUACGGAAGUUAGGCUUUGUUGAAAAUUGGAUUAAGCUCAUUAUGAAAUGUGUCAAGUCUGCAAAAUACUGUGUUACUCAUGGUAAUAAUGAAGUUGGCCCAAUUCUUCCAACAAGAGUGGCCAAUGGUGCUCCUAGAGUAUCUCAUAUGUUGUUUGCUGACGAUAGCUACCUUUACUGUAAGGCUACAAAAGCUGAAGCUCGGCAAAUCCAAGAAGUAUUAAGUAAAUUUGAAUUUGCCUCGGGUCAAAAGGUGAAUUUCUCCAAAUCUUCUAUCUUUUUUAGCGCUAAUACCCUGAGUUCCAUGAAAGAUAGAAUAAACUCUAUCUUGGGGAUGACCACGGCUGAUGAAAAUAGUCUAUAUUUGGGUUUGCCUAGUUCGAUGGGGAGGAAUAAAUCAGUUGCCUUGGGUUUCUUGAAAAACAAAGUGAAGAAUAGACUUGGCUAUGGUACAAAGUUUCUAUCACGAGCAGGCAAAGAGAUAUUAAUAAAAACGGUGGCACAAGCACUCCCAAGCUAUGCUAUGAGUGUUUUCUUGAUUCCACAAGAAGUCAUAAAAGAUAUGGAAGGAUUGAUGUCAAAGUUUUGGUGGCAAUCUUCAAGUAACUCUCCUAAAGGUUGGAGGUUUCUUACACAACUGGAGACACUUGUCUCAAAAAUCUUUAAGGCAAGUGUUCUUGAAGCUCGUCAACUGGUGAUUAAAGGUGUUCGUUGGACUGUGGGAGAUGGUACUUCUAUCUCGGUUUUGGGUGAACCUUGGUUACCUGAUGCCCAGGACCCGUUUCAUAGUCACGGGCAAGAGAAACUCACUUGGAUUGGUGAAGUUUCGGGUUUAUUCAUAGUGAAAAGUGCAUAUAAAAUGAUUCAAGAAAUGAUUGGGGAGAAUACUCAAGAUACAGCAGCUCUUGAAGCCUAUUGGAAGAAAUUUUGGGCAUUGAAGCUCCCCUCGAAAAUGAAAAAUCUGUUUGCAAUAGUCAUGAGGAGACCAUUUAACAUGCUCUUGUGGAGUGUCCAGCCGCUCAACUCUGCUGGAAUAGAGAAGGCAUAG